CCUGACAACGUAUUUUUCGACAUAACUCCGCCUUCUGCGCUGUGUUUGGCUAGUGAUCGAUCGUUCACCGCUUGAGUCUGAACUACUAACCAAUCCUAGCGCAGAGGAGGCGGGGUUUAUAUGAAAACGGGAUUUAAUUACACAAUAGGAUUUUCCGAGCGAAAUACCGAAGAGUUUAUUAUUUAUUUUAAAUUUUUAAUAUAUACUCUUUUUAAUUAGAGUAUCAAUGACAAGUAAUUUCCCCCUUCGAAUACUACUUUCAGUUUAUAAUAUAUAUAGAUUUAUUAUUUAAAUAAAGAGAACAUUACUGAUUAACUGAUUAAGCAAUUACUUUUAAUAAGAAAACCUAAAAAAAAAACUCGUCAUUGUUCGUCUUUACAGAAUUAGUACAAAAUAAAUAAUAUUGAAUUAGCUAUAUAUAAAUAAAAGUAAAAUAUCUAUAAGCAGUUAUUCUGAUUAAAACUAUAAGAAUGAUUAAAUGAAUCCACAAAACAUUGUUUUAACUUUAGUAAAUCAGAUCAAAGUCACAUCAGGUCACCAAAUUUGACAGGAUCUAAAAUAUAACAUUUGUUUUUGCAAAGCAAUUUUAUACACUAAACAUAAAGCAUUUAUAUCAAUAAGAUUGUCAAAUAAACGAUAGUAUAGUUCUACAUUUUUACGCAAACUUUGCCCCAUUUAUUAUACUGUUAAAAUAUUUUUUUUUUUUCAUUUAAAAACAAUUAAAAUGUAUGAGCUUGGUCUAAUAAACUUCACUUCAACAUAGUAUAUAUCUCGGGUUGAUAGGCUAAUUAGUCUGAUUUAAUAGUUAUAACAUAAUUACAUAAUGGCAUAAACAAGAUCGUGUCAGUCGAGUUAAAAAUAGUAUUCUUUAAGUUUCUUAAAUAAAUAAAACAUUUACAUUUCCUUAAAAACUAAAGCGCAAAAUAAUUUCUUGAUGCUAUUCCCUGAUUUGUAGUAUCUCAUUUUGAGCAGCAGGGUGCGCGCGGACUCUAUUCUCAAAGUGGAAAUGAGCCACAAUUAGCAGCGCGCGCUAAUUUCUCAUCGUUUACUCAUCGUUUUAGUUUAUCAGUAAUAGCCAAUAACGCACAAAGCUCAUAUAACGUAUUAUAUACAAAAUCAUUUUAUUUGCUGUUUUUUCAGUAUUUCAAUGUUUUCCAAAAACAAAAGAAAUUAAUAAGUAUUUUAAGGCAUCCUGGCAACUGAUUGUGUAAUGUAAAAUUAUUGUAUAAAAAAUCUACCUAUAAAGAAGAAAACAAAAAGAUAAUAAAAAUAUAUAUAUUUCAGUAUUUUUUAAAAUAAAAAGGGGUGGUUAGAACUGAACCUGUCUUUGACACUGUCUGACUAAGCCAAACUGAAGAAACUAAUUAAAUAAAUCAUAUUAACUAACACGAUUAAACGUUGAUCAAUUUACUAAAAACACUAGAGGAACAGGUUAAUGUGUUCUUGUUAGAUAUGUUUCUAGCUGAGAUUAAAAAUGGCUACUACUAUGAAAAAAAAUAAUAAUAAAUGGUCAAAAAAAGUAUUUCUGUAAAGAUUUUUUAUUUGGAGUAAAUAAGACUCAAAAUAAUUCUGCAAUUGAAACUAUGGGAUUUUGGAUGAGAGUUGUACAAGUCAGACAGCAUGUCAUCCCUGAACUCUCGGUCCUGUCAUGUUGCUCUUUAAACGUGUAUGCUCUGUGAGAUCUGGUGGGCACCACAGUUAGUAAAAAAAGGCAGUAAGUGUAAUGAUGAAUGGCCGGGUCUCUCCGUGCAGCAGAUCGAGCCUUUAUCUGGCUGUCCAAUCAGAAGAGGAGCCCAGGGGGCUCACACACAUGUCAGAGUGAAGAGGGGGAGUGAAGGAGGUAACAGGUUCACAAAGGAGGGAGAGUGCGGCCCCUGGACUAUCACAACUCCCCACAUGAGCCCCUCAGACAUGAGCGCGCAGGCAGAAGAUGACAUGCAGCAUCAGACGGACUGCAAGUGGAAAUCUCAGACCCUGCUGUCCUCCUACUGCAUCGAGAGCAUACUGGCCCGGAGGAGUCCGCUUACAGUCAGACUGCUGGGGGUGCAGAGUGGGUCUAAAGAGGAGAGCAGCGCUGCGGGACAAGCUGCUCCAAAAACACGCUCUUCCCCUCAUCCGGACAUCAUGCACGUGCCCCCCAAACUGCGCCGUCCGUUCAGCCCCGUAUUCGCGGGUCACGCGCAUGAGGGCAAGCCUGCAGCGGACGAUGAGAGACUCGCGGAGAGCGCGCGGGACAGCCUAAAGAUUUCUCACGCGCCCCAGCUCAGCAUCAGCCGGAGCAGAUCCUACCAGGAGCACGCGCCUAAAAGCGAGACGGAGGAAGCGCGCGCAGACCUGGCUGGAGCUGGAGUCGCAGCCGGAGCGUGGCGCGAGAGGAGCGGGUCUCCUGGGCGCGAGGAGGACUGCCUGGAAGAGGAGCACGCGAAGCUGAGGGAGGGCGAGGAGGGCGCGUGUUUUUCCGCGGGCAGCGACGCUGAAGACGGGACGCAGAAACGGAAGCAGAGAAGAUACAGGACUACAUUCACCAGUUACCAGCUGGAGCAGCUGGAAAGAGCCUUCCAGAAGACCCACUACCCGGACGUGUUCACCAGAGAAGAAUUAGCAAUGCGGCUAGAUCUGACGGAGGCGCGCGUGCAGGUCUGGUUCCAGAACCGACGUGCAAAAUGGAGAAAAAGAGAGAAGGCUGGGAUCCAGGCUCACCCGCUGGGUCUCCACUUCCCUGGACCCAUCACUGCAGCACAAUCUCUGUGCCAUUUCUUGGGUGCAGCUCCAUUUACACCUGCUCCUCAUCCAGCCAUGGAGUCAGCGUGGCCUGCUUCCCUCCACAGACUUACCCAGGGCCUCCCCAGCCCCACCUCCCCCCACAGAAUCAGCUCCCUGCUUGGGGCAGCCAUGUUCAGACACCCUGCUUUUGUUGGCCCCACCUUCGGCAGAUUCUUUACCAGCAUGACUCCACUUGCACUACAGAGACUACCACUUCCAGCCAUGGAGAGUCUGCUUCAGUCACACCCUCAUAUCCCUGAAGCACCUUCCUCUUCUCCUCCUACUCCACCUACUCCGUCUUCCACUUCUUUGCCCGUGGAUCGGCGGGCGUCCAGCAUCGCGGCUCUGCGGCUCAAAGCGAAGGAGCACUCGGCUCAGCUCAGCCAUCUCAGCGUCAUUGCAGCUGGUGCAGCUGGAAAAGAGGCCUGAUGCCUUCAUCUUACCAGCCAGGGCACAAGACCAAAGCUGAACUGCACUAUAGUGUGAGGAAAGUCCUUACAGAACCCCCAGAGGAACCAGGCUUUACUGACGACUUGUAAAGCUUCAUCAUGGCUUUUACUGAUGGAUGCAAUGUCAAAGGUUCUGCUGCAGAGUCCUGUAUAUCUUAUAGUUUAUUCAGAAGAUGCAUAUAUUGUAUUGGUAGUAAAAAACAUGAGCUUUAAUGAAUGUUUUAUAUGUGUUUUAAUAAAGUGGUGAACCAUUAACAGUGGAA